AGGAAGUUACUUUGUCACUGGACCAAUCAACUGUUAGGUUAUAUUGGACGCAGUGGGUUUCUGGUUAAGGUCUGUAGAAACAUAGUAUUACUCUUUUAUAUGAUACAAACGUGUAUUAAUCUACUAAAAUAUUUUUAGAGCGGGUAUCUUCUAGCAUAACCGAGGUACAGUAAGAACACGGAAGCUAGAGCAGCUACUGUUAGCUAGCCGAGUUAGCUUAGCAGACAUGAAAACCCGGUAGCUCACAGAAGCUGUUAUUUUAGAGAAACAACUUUCAGGGUGUAAAGUUAUGCCACUCGGAAUCUAAAACUAUUUAUGUGGCUAUAUAGUGUCAACGUAACAUAUCGGAUUACGAGCCCGAUGUCUUUAUAUAUCAGUUUUCCCCUUUACGCCGUUUAAAUUUAGGCUAGCAGGGUAACGGUUAGCGUAGCUGCUACAUAACAUCCAGCAAACUGGACAAAACAUUGGAUUUAGUAGGCUUUAAAUCAGGCUCGACGGGUUCGCUGACCCCUCAGAAGAAGAUGAAGAAGAGGAAGGAGCUGAACGCCUUGAUCGGACUCGGAGACAGCAAGCGAAAGAAGACUAAAAAGGGGUCAGGGCACCGACUUCUCCGAACCGAACCACCGGGCUCAGAGUCAGAAUCGAGCUCGGAUGAUGAUGACUUCAACAACCUGAACGGCGGAACUAACUUUGGAAAAAGAAGCUACUCACAGUGCUGCAACAUGUGCUACCCCUUGUUUUUGUUCAUCAUACUAGCUGCCUGUGUCAUGGCUUGUGCUGGACUCAUAUGGAUGCAGAUUGCACUAAAAGAAGAUUUAGACUCACUGAAGGAGAAGCUGCACAGCAUGGAAUCCAGGCAGAAGGUGUCAUCGAGUGAAAUACCCAAAAUAAGCGAGGAUCUUAAAAACAAGGAGAAAAAACUUGAUGACAUUGAAAACGGGGACAAGGGAUUGAGCAAACUAUGGUCUAAUCUGACAGAAAUAAAUCGCAAGAUCACUUUCCUGGACUCAGCUGUUAGCCACUUGAAAACCAAUCUGAAAUCUUCUGCCGAUAUAAUCGGCCUUCCAACCACUGUUGAAGAGCUCCAGAAGAGUGUGGCCACGAUUGGCAGCACACUUACAAGUGUGCAGCAUGAUGUGGAAACAAUGAAGGCUUCUCUUGAAAAUCAGAAGAAAGAGGAUGAGUCAAAGACAACAAUGGACAUCACAGACCUAAAACAAGCCAUGGGUGAGGUCAAUAAGAGUGAGGAGCAGCACCAUAUGUGGACUGAUGAGCAGAUCCACAUUCUUCUGUCUACUGUUGCAGAUCUUCAUCAAAGAGUUGACUCAUUGGAGAGUGGGUCAAAACACAGCUUGCAGGAUAAUGACGCUGUAGCUUCACCAGCUGUCACCAGUCAAGAGCCUGUAACUGAGACAGUGACAGAAACAACAACACUGAAAGCAACACCUCAGGAUCUGGAAGACAUGUCCACACCACUGACAAAGCCACAGAUAAGCAGACGUCCUCGCUUCUUAACUCCUAAACGAUCUAAGAGGAAUGUUGGAACAAAAUGUCCAAGGAGGGUGUCUCUGCCUGAUGCUAAUUCUCUAAAAGACCUUGAAGACAUCUACCAGAAAGCAGGAGUCGGACGCGACUCCCUCGGACUUACUUACCAAGACCUGAAGAAGCUGUUUGGGGCAUCGACUCCCAGUGAACAAGAUGUGGCGUGCUUUGAUGAUGGAGACCGGAGGUACUCCCUGAUGGAGCUGAGAGCUGCUGUGGGUUUGUGAGCUCAGCACCACUGAGAGCAGUGAACAGUAUUGAGCACCCAGCAGGGUCUGGGAGGGAUUGGGAUUCCCAACCAUUAUCUGUAGCUGUUGCACCUUUGGAAACUGAAUAUUUAUCAUUUUGAUGGUGGUAAAAGUGGCACUGGUAUGCCCUCCCCUCACACCUCCCCUUAAGUAUAUUGCCAGGACACAUGAAUUGCUUAAAUUUUAACAGUAAUCAAUAAAAGUACCUGUAUGUAAUAUCUGAUAUUUUACCCAGUUCCUGGAAAUAAUAAACAUUGAAUAAGUCCCAAUUUUCACCCCAAGUCUUCAACUUGAAUUGUUCAUGUAUCUAAUUUUGUUUGUUUUUAUUCUUUCGUUUUUUGAUUCUGUGUUUCAUCCUGAUAUGAUUUUUGUUUAAGCUAUUUUAGGCUGUAACUACCAACUAUCGCAAAUGUACCUACAUGUCUACUUCAACCCCUGGAUCAACUCACCUGUAGUUUAUGUGUAGGACUGGAGACGGACCUUUUAUGAAUGUUUACAAAUGACUACUAGAAGUGGCUUUUUUUUUGGGCUUUCAUUGUGUUUUUAGACAGUUUCCUAUUGUAUCUCAAAAACAAUCAAUUAUAAGAACAGUCAAAACAUUUGUAUGCUCUUUUCUAAGCUAAAAGUAAAGUUUGAAGUUCUGCUUUCCUCCACGUUUAAAGUUGCAGUUGUGAUCAUGUGAUUAGUCCAUCUGUGCAUUGAUCUGUAGUUUUGUUUCAUGUUUUUUUGUUUGCUUUUCUCAUUUCCUGAUGUUUCGCAGAUUUGAAGGGCUACAAACUCUUUACAAGAAUUUUGAACGGUUAUUUAUAUGUAGCAAUAAGUGAGGUAUUAAAGUGGAAUGAAGGUCACAAUAUGUAACGGUAGAGUGAGAAACACUGAUGAUUGCUAUUUACAUGUAACACUUUAUUGCAUUAUAAAGGACCAAAUUCUGUGUGGAUUCACAAAAAGGUCAUAUUCAGACUUUGGUUUGUUCUGUAAAAAUGUAUUUUCAACUAUUAUAUCGUUAAAGGGGUUAGGUUGUUGAAAUGUAAUCAGAGAUGUUGGACCAGGCUUUGCUUUUUUUUUUUUUUUCAUACCGAUUUCUGGUUUUCCUUAAGUUCUGAUCUACUGGUUCACAAAAUAAAUGUGCUAAAGGUUACUUAAUGUAGUUAAAAGUUUAAAAUCCAACAGAAAAUGAAGGGAUUACAAGGUUACCUCAAUACAAGUACAUCCCUGUAAAUUAGAAUAUCUUUGGAAAGUUAAUUUAGUCUAGUAAAGUAAAAAUGAUAGAUUCAUCAUACACACAGUGACAUAUUUCAAACACUAAUUUCUGUUUGGAUGAUUAUGGCUUACAGCAAAUGAGAACGCAUAUUUCUCAGAAUACAUAUAGUUUGCCAUACACUAUAAAAUGAAUAAAAAAGGAUUUUAUAAUGCCAGCCAACCCAAAUGUGUGUCCAUAUACAGUACAUUGUAUGCACUCAAUACUUGAUCUUUAGCAUGAAUUACUGCAUCAAUGCAGAGUAGCAUGGAAGCGAUCUGACUGAGGCACUGCUGAGGUAUUAUCUUAGCUCAGGUUGCCUUAACAACAGUCCUUAGCUUGUUUGGAUUGUUGGGUCUUGGUGUCUCAUCAAGUGGUAGGCCGUAUGGCCUCAAAAUUACAUCACGAUAGGACACAAUUUAAAAAAUAUAUAUAUGAAUAAAUGCUGGUAGCAAUAAUGUAUUCAUUUAACAUUAUUGAUGUUUAACCUUAUACUGCAAUAGCAGUAGCCUUUUUGAGUUGAUUGUAUCCUAAUAGGAUAGCGUACAGUCAAGGUGCAAAGUAAGUACAUCCCCUUUAAAUUUGAGGGUUUUGUGUAUUUUGUAUUGAUAAAAAUAAGGAAAUAUGUAAACAAAUGUUCAGAAGAAGCAACAAUACAAGCAUCGGUCCAAUAUAUAAACACGGGUUAGAUUGGCAUCAAAAUCUUGGCCCAACAAUAUGAUAUGGCAUUAGAAAUGUUUCUAAACUGCAAACUUUUCCUUGUCAUUGAGUUCACCUAGUGAUCACUGCCAUCUUAUGUUUACCUUUGUUCAGUUUACGCUGUCUCCUCAAGUCCUGUCAUUGCCUCUUUAUACUUCAUGGUGUUUUAUUCUUCGGCGAAACACAUUUUUGUUUUGUCUCUUGCCUUUGGAGCAAUUUCUUUGUGUAUUUUGUUGGACAUUGUACUUUUAACAGUCUGCCCUCCUUUCGUAUUAGUAAAAUUGCUUGCAGAGGCCAACUCCUUGCUCUAAUGCUCCACUUGUGAGUUGACCAAGACAUGUUAUGCACUUGUUGCUCUAGUUGAGUGGACGAUCUUAGAUGAGGUUUUCAUUGAUGAGCAAACUCCCAUCUAGAGGAAAUUAGCCCAUUGCUUUGUAUGUAAGUGGAAAAAUAUGUUACUGUUGUGGUUCUUCUAUGUUAAAGUGGAUGGAGGGCUGAGUAAAAAGUGCGUUACUGCAACCACCUGGGUUGCAGCUUAGCCGUGAAUGUUGUGCACUUCUAGGCACGUUCUUGUAUUCUGAUGUCAUAACAUCAGUAAUGCAAUGUGAAAAACGUAUUAUAGUGGAUGGUGUAUCUCCCAGACAUACUCAUCUUCCUCUAGACAAAAGGUCCGAAAAGUUUGCUGAUUAAACAUACAGACAUACUAUGGUCAUUAAAAUAGGUUCUGGUACUUGUGUGCCACAUCCCAUUAGAAAUCAACAUGUUUUCCUUCCACCCAACUUUUCAUUCAUAUGCUUUCAUACCGUGCUUUGAACAGCCAGAUUCUUUAAGCAACAGUACAUUUCUGUAUUAAAAAUCCUUUCUUGGACAUAUGGAAUAUUUCAAUUUUCUAAGGAGCUAAAAUUCUGGUUUUCAUUAGCUGUGAGGAAUGGUCAAAUUUACAGGAAUAAACACUUGAAAUAUAUCACUGUGUAUUCAGUCUUUUAUGAGUUUACAUUUUAAUGGGAUUACUGAAAUAACUUUUUGAAGAUACUGUAAUUUUAGAUGCACCUUUAUGCAUCAGAACAUGUCCGUAACCUAAGCUAAAAGAGUGCAUCCAACUACACACUGGAAUAAUUUUACAGGAUGGUGAGUCAAGGUUUUGUCACAGAUUUUUGGGUCCAUAAUGCAACUGUAAAUGAGAUUUUCUGAAUGUUGGUUUUUUUGAGCACAAAUGAAUAAAGACUGUUAAAGGUU